GUAAGUCAAAAAGAAGGGGUGUAUUAUGAUCAGGAAAGAUAACUGAUACAACAAAUGAGGGAAGGCAUCCAAAACGGGCCUUGUUGUAUCAACGAUGAGACUGAGAAAAAACUGAUAAUAGGGGAACCUGGCUUUCUGACAAGGCAAGAGGAGGACUUGGUAAAAGAACUGAUACGUGAAAAAUAUGGGGCAUAUGCCUUCGACGAUGAUCAACGUGAGAGGCUGGAUGUGGACAAGAUAGAAAUGAUCCGCAUUCAUACUGUACCUCAUGAGCCAUGGAAUGUCCGAGGGGCUAAGUAUCCCAACCCUGAGGAUCGCAGAAGGGUGGUAGAAUACCUAGAUGGGAAGAUCCGCACGGAUGUGGCAGGGUACUCCAGUGGACCAUAUGCAUCUCCCUGGUUCUGUUUUGUAAAACCAAAUGGAGUUCUCAGAUGGGUGCAAGACCUCCAACGAAUGAACGCGGUAACUGUAAGGGAUGCAGGGGGUCUGCCCGAUGCGGACCAGUUAUCAGAAGCUUGUGCAGGUAUGACCCUUGGAAAAGAAGAGGCCAUGGCGCAGAGAGGAGCAGAGGCAGGGCCCUCUGGACCUACCUUGAGAAAGGGGGGGCAGAGGAGGGAACAGAGAAUCUCAAGGAACCUGGAGGAGUUGCCCAUUUUCCUGCGAGACCUUGAAGAGUACGCUUUCAGGAGAGAAUGGGGUGACAGGGAAAAAAUUGCGAAUGUGAGAGGAGCAGGAAUGUACAAGAGGAGGAUUGAAGGAGUGGUGGCAGAUUGCAUGAGAUGGAGGGUAUGCAAGGUAAGACUAUGGAGAGACAUGGGGGAAUUCCCAAGGGAUGAUGUGGAGGAUGACUUGAGGUUCGAUGGGACCAAUCUGGAGGACUUUGUUAAGAGUUUGCAACUGGCAGCUGAGAGGGGUGUAUGGAGCGAGAAGGAAAGGCGAAAGCAGUUGAUCACAAGAUCAGACAAAGACGAAAAUGAAGAAGUAAGAGGAAUUGUGGAAGGGAGUCGGACCUGUAAAAGGAUAACGGCAGAAUUGUGGAUGGCCUACACCCAGGUCAGGCAAGAUCAGAUAAAGAAGGAAAAAUUGCAAAAGAAGGGGCUAUGGAUUGGAAGAGAAGUGACUGAGCCACAGGGGAAGAAGGAAGAGAAUGAAGAAGAGGAUAAUGGACCUAUGAAGAAGUUGAAGAACAAGGCGAGGAUCUCUCCCAAGAGCAGUAGCAAGGAAUCUGAGCGGCCUGAGGGAGAUGAACAGGAAGAGGAGGAGGCAGCAGAGGACAGGAGAAGAAGCAUGAGGGCCAGUAUGGUACUAAGGAAAAAGAAACUUGGAAAGAAAAGGGCAAUUGAGAAUGAAAGGAAAGAGGUACAAGAAAGGGUGAGUGAAGAGGGGGAAGAAAUAGAAGAAGCUGAAGAGGGAAAGAAGGUCCAGGGAGGAGGCAAGGCUCCUAAAGACAAGAGAACUAAGGAAAAAAGGCCGAUUGGGGACAAGGAAGAGACAAGUGAGAUAGGAAAGAAGGAAGAUGAGAAGGAUGGUCAGGUGGAGAAGUUGAUGAGGGAUAUGGAAGAAAUGAGAAAGGAAGUGAGGGAAUUGAAGAAAGAGAAGGAGGAAUUGCAAAAAGAAAUGAGCCAAUUGAGGGUCACCCUGAAUGUGCGGAGCAGAGAACUGGAAGAGGAAGUGGUCACAAGAGGAAAGAUGGAAAUAAGGUUGGAUGGUCUGGUUUAUGAGGUCAGUGUGCUAGGGCAGGACUUGGACAAUGAAAUCUCAGAAAGGAAGAAGUUGGGACGAGAGUGGGAGAAAAGAUGGGGAGAGAUAUGGAAAGGAAUAGAGAGACUCAAAUUGAGCAAACAGGGGAAAGAGAAGAAAGUCACAGAAAUGGUGGGAAAAAAAGGGGGUGAAGAACAGGGGGUACAAACUGAGGGGAAGAAAGAAGAGUCUCCUGCACCCGAAAGGGAAGUAAGUGAGAGUGUGGCUAUGCCUUUGCUAUGAUAGGAUAAAAGGCAAAGGGAGUC